UAAACUCAUCUGCUGUGUGAUCCUUCUAAAAAAUCGCCUACAAGUCAGAGGCAUUUUACGUGCGAGGCUACAUUUACCCCUCUCCUUCAACAUUUCACCCUCUCCGCUUUACGCAAUGUAGGCCUAUCCAUGAAGAAACAGUAAUGUGUUAAAUGUUAAAAAUACAAAUUCGCCGAAUUUCUCAUGCUGAAAGAGGACUCCGCAACUCGCCUGCACGGCUCUGGUGCGUCUGUGCACUAGACUCUGAAAAGAAAACUAUUAAUUUACAGUUGGGAACACGUCGCUGCAAAAAGGACAUUGAAAACCUAUUUUUUUCACUUUAAGACAAAUACGCUUAAAAAGCAAACUGGCUCACGUUCUUCCAAACCAACCCAGUUUGACAGCUGCUCUUCACCCCCUUUGGAGGACUGUCGGCAGCAAGAGGAUGGCAUCAGAACUGGCAAUGAGCAACUCCGACCUGCCCACCAGUCCCCUGGCCAUGGAAUAUGUUAAUGACUUCGAUCUGAUGAAGUUUGAAGUGAAAAAGGAGCCGGUGGAGCCCGAUCGCAACAUCAGCCAGUGCAGCCGCCUUAUCGCCGGGGGAUCCUUGUCUUCCACCCCGAUGAGCACGCCUUGCAGCUCGGUGCCCCCUUCUCCAAGCUUCUCGUCGCCCAGUCCGGGGUCGGGGAGCGAACAGAAGGCACACUUGGAGGAUUUCUACUGGAUGUCCGGUUAUCAACCGCAGUUGAAUCCGGAGGCGCUGGGCUUCAGCCCCGAAGACGCAGUUGAGGCGCUGAUCAACAGCAGUCACCAGCUCCAGUCCUUCGAUGGCUAUGCUAGAGGGCAGCAGUUUGCCGGUGGAGCCGGAGGAGGAGGCACCAUGGGCGGGGAAGAGAUGGGCUCUGCCGCGGCGGUGGUGUCCGCAGUUAUCGCCGCCGCAGCAGCCCAGAACGGGGGGCCCCACCACCACCAUCACCACCACAACGGCGGCCACCAUCACCAAUCACCUGGGGUCUCGUCCAACGGCAGCUCCGGAGGAAACCACCCACACAUGGGACAUUUGGACGACAGGUUUUCGGACGACCAGCUGGUGGGCAUGUCGGUGCGGGAGCUCAACCGGCAGCUACGGGGAGUCAGCAAGGAAGAAGUGAUCCGGCUGAAACAGAAGAGGAGGACCCUAAAGAACAGAGGCUAUGCGCAGUCCUGCCGCUACAAGCGGGUGCAGCAACGGCACGUCCUGGAGGGCGAGAAGACGCAGCUCGUCCAGCAAGUCGACCACCUCAAGGCGGAGAUCUCCAGGCUGGCCCGGGAGAGGGACGCAUACAAAGAAAAAUAUGAGAAGCUCAUCAGCAACGGCUUCAGAGAAAAUGGAUCCAGCAGUGACAACAACCCUUCCUCCCCGGAGUUUUUCAUGUCAUCCAGAAAAUUCCUCCAUCUGUGAACGAGAGCCUCGCCCCUCCCUGCCCUUGGCCUUGAUGUCUGAGAUAACCUGGCGACUGAACGCUGAUGACUUAAGAGUGACUGACCAAUGGCAUGAGGAACCCCACAAAGCACAACAACGUUUAAAGAUGACUUCACUGGAGAAGAAGAAAAUACCCCUAAAAACCUUGUAGAGAAAUGCUUCAGAGCCUCUUCCUACUCCCACUUCCAUCUCCACUAUUUUACCUCCAGCUUUUUUGUAAGAAAACAAUAACAAACAAAACACUGAUUCAAAUGAUGAAUCAAGAUGAUUGACAACAUCAGAAGAAUAUUACGGGAGAAACCAUUUCCUUUGUAGGGGGGACAAAACUUUGAUGCAUGUUACUGUAAGUAGUUCAUCUAAAACCUUUUUCCCCGAAGUGGGAUCCUCCACUAAGAAGACUCGUCCAAGUCCAGCGUUCCUGAUUUAGGAUAAAAUACCCAAGCAACCCACCUCCUCCCUCUGAAAUCCCUUACUCUAUCUUCCCUAUCAGAGGUCAUUGUAACUACCAUUGACAAUAUGUUCCUCGUUUUAGAGAACUUACUUCCUGUAUCAUUUUGGAGUUAGUUGGACUGUAAGACUACUAUAGUGUAUACUAUUUGCAUAAUGAACCAGUCUUCCUCUCCAAUGGACAUGAGUGAUGUACUAUAGCAUGGAUCUGACUUUACUGUAUUCCUCAGUAUGCUUGUAGAUCACAAAACUCAUAAUUGUGGAUAGUACAACGAUUACACCUUUUUAAUCCUAGAUUCCUAUCUUUACCAGGCAGUAUUAACUUACUGUAUACCAAGUAGGGCAUUUUGUUGACCUGUAUAUUUGACUAAAUGCAUAGAAAUGCAAGUAAUAGCUCAUUGUAUUAUUUGAAUACCUGCAGACAUAUUAGGGAAACAUUUCUGUCUAUAAAGACAAUGGGACUGUGACUAAGUCAUAUAGUGUUGAGUAUAUUAUGAAGGUAUAACCAAGAAUAAAGUAUUAGAGAGUAAACAUACUAUAGUAUCCUCAGCAGGGUCCCCAAUGCAUCUAUGUCAUGUGUCUACCUGAGAUCUGUUGGCGGCCAAUCUGGUACUUGGUUUGUUUCUUUGUUGUUUCCUCAUCCCUUUUGAAUAGCUUGUAUCAAUGGCCCCUCUGGGCUCUGUACUGUGGUCUCUCUCAUGGACCUCUCAUAGGGCAACACAUGUCCUCAGCUAAGGCAGGUGUCUCUAUCUCUCUCUACCACAUCACCUGGCAUGGUUUACCCAUGUGCUCCUCUGUACGACCAACAAGGAGAACGGAACAUCACAGUAUGAUUUCAAGGUUGCAGAAACCAUAUUGACUUUUGACCUAUCUCAAACUGUCUACUGAAGACAUAACAACAACCAGACAAACUUCAGCUGGUGGUGCAAGAGAGGAUACUGUGCAUGGAACGCAACGCACACUAGAUAACCUGAAAGCAUCUUCAUCCUCUUGCAUACUCUACCUAUCUAUGUGCUUCCAGGACAAACCUGAUACCUAAACAGCCCCUCGCCUGCUCCCACAAUCCUCUCUGCUCCUCCUCUCGCACAUCCCAGAGACUCGUGAGGAGAGAGCCAGUCGAUCUGUUUCUAAACGUUACGGAUGGACGCUCAUCGUGACGGUUAAAAACAAACAAACACAUACACACGCGCAUACACCCACCCACACACAUAAACACUCUCAAAGGGAGACAAGUGGAAUACAGUGGAGUAUGUAUGUAUAUUCUGUAUGUAUAGAACCCUCAGCUGUAAGUAGUACAUGUUGACAUGUAGAUGAAAAUAUGCAUUGUGAUCAUAAUACCUACCAUAGACAGGCUGGUGGCCGUUGAUUCAGACAGAGGAAGAGACUCUCUCUAAUCCAAUGGAAGCACUUUAUCCUAUGCUUUCAGGGUACAUACUCUAAGUUUCCUUAAUGACAGAAAAUAUAAUGUGAUGGAAAUACUGUUCCUUUUAAAAAGGACCUCCUAAGCAAAACCACCGAGCUGAAUGGGUUUUAAGCACUUUGAAUGGAUGCAUAACCCCCCCUUUGAUGUCAGAAAGAACCUGGCCAGAGUGAG